UACUCGUUCUACCUGCCCCUUCGUCCAGCGGCAACCAAAAUGCCCGUUCUUAAACCCUAACCCGAUCCUACAGAAAACCCUGGCAACCUCUCAAACGCACCCCACUCUCCGUCGCCACACCAGCGCAUCUCCCGCAGAACCAGUCAUGGAAAACGGAAAGAAGAGUGAAAGCUCUAUGGAUAGCGGAAAAGAGAGGGCAAGUCGGAAAAAAUCAAACCCCACUUCAAUCCACACUCUCUGUCGCCACACCAGCGCACCUCCCGCAGAACCCGUCAUGGAAAACGGAAAAAAGAGGGAAAGCUCUAUGGAUAGCGGAGAAGAGAGGGCUAGUCGGAAAAAAUCAAUCGACAAAGACACUCCCUUCUCAAUUAAACUACUGUGCUCCUAUACUGGUGAGAGGAUUGAGGAGUGCGCGAUGCCGAGGAGGGACGGGUCUUGUUCCAUGUGCAAUACUCAAAGGGCCAACCUCAAUAAGCAGGUAACGUUCCUCUCCUUUGAAGAUUUUGUUCAAGUUUCGGAGUUGUCGCAGUUUUUGAACCGUUUGGAUCACCCAAACAUUCCGAAAGUGCAUGCGGCUCUUAAUCAGACAGAACCUACACUAGUGGUGGAUCGGAUUCACUCGGUUCCCGUGAAAAGAUGGCUUGAUCAUCAGGUUGGAAAAUGGGUGAUGUGGACCGUGGAUUCAACUGGAACCCAAUAUCUGGAACUUGAAGAAAAGUAUAGCAAACUGUUCAGGUGUAUUUCUAAAACAUUGGCUUAUCUUCAUACAAGACAUCUUUGUCAUGGAAAUCUGUUGGAGGGCAUUUGGGUGACGGAGCCGACAGAGAAUGAUGUUCGCGUAUCGCUUGCAAAUUUUAACACGAGUAUCGAUUUUCAAAGCGGCUUCAAACAAGAUCUGAAAGACGUUAAGAGCCUUGUGGAGAUUGCUGUCGAGAAACAUUCCAAAAGUAUCGAAGUCAACAGACAGUACCCAAGGGAACCUGCUGCUCUCCAAGCAUUCUACAACCUCCACAUUCAAAUGGAACAACACAAAAAUGACUUUGAAGCAAUGAGGGAAUUUGCGAUAUUUAUCUAUUGGGCCCCAGUCUUCUUCAAUUGGGAAGAUAGGCGUGACUUCAUCAGAAUUGUGGAAAAGUUUUCUUCGCAAGAUUCCGAGGAGUUUGAGAAAUUGGUUAUAUUUGAUUCGAAGGAUAAACACACACAUGGACAAGUACUUAAGAAAGUGAAGGAAUAUGCCAUUCCACAAAUGAAGGAUUGGAUUACGAGAAUAUGCCAGAUGGGAGAAGACGACCCAGUGAAGAAAUUGUAUAUGGCUACAAGGGAUAGUCGAGCAUACCAGCAUUCUGGGGGAAUCUAUUGGUUGCAUAGAUGCGCCCUUCAACACUAUGAAACUGAUGAGGAUAGGGACUCUGAUCAAGCGGCAAUGGAGGACUUACUUUCUGCGUUCCCUGAUGCAUUACCUGCAAUAUUCGAGAAGCUCAUACAGACAUUCAGUCGUCAGCCAAUCAAUGCGUUUGGGAAAAAGCUGGAGUUGUACUUAGAGAAGGCUUGUAAAAAGACCUCGAAGGGUGGAGCAAGUGCAUAAGUUGUACUUCUCCUUUGAGGGAGAGUAGUGCGUAUUAUAUGCAUUUAUUUUGGAGUUCAUAUUGUGUAACCCUGUAAUAAAUGACCUGGAGAACUGAACUGGUCACUUAGUAGGUCAUGUAUAAAGAUCCAUGACAUUACUAUUAGGAAUUCCAAUAAGUAUUUCAUAA